CCGUUUUAACAGGCGUAGGAAACCCCGUCCCACCCUCUUCCCUUCGCUGUCCGCAAGCAAGAUGCCGGGUGUUACAGUGAAAGACGUCAACCAGCAAGAGUUCGUCACUGCACUGGCAGCCUUCCUGAAGAAGUCAGGAAAGCUGAAGGUGCCAGACUGGGUGGACCUUGUCAAGCUGGGCAAGCACAAGGAGCUUGCACCCGGUGAUGAGAACUGGUUCUACAUCAGAGCCGCCUCCACAGUUCGUCACCUGUACCUACGUGGAGGAGCUGGUGUGGGAUCCAUGACCAAGAUCUAUGGAGGUCGCAAAAGGAACGGUGUGUGUCCAGCCCACUACAGCGUCGGAUCUAAGAACGUGGCCCGCAAAGUGCUGCAGGCCCUCGAGCUUCUCAAGAUGAUUGAGAAGGACCCUAAUGGUGGCCGUAGACUCACCUCCCAGGGAACCAGAGACCUGGAUAGAAUUGCCGGCCAGGUUGCAGCUGCAAACAAGAAAACUGUUUAAUAAAUCUUUUGGAGAAAUGAAGUACUGUUAGUUUUUGUCAUUUGUCUCCCAUGAGGGAAACUAGCAAACCAACCAACCAACCAAUGCUAAACUGAGUAAUGCCACAAAUGUAAUUGCUUUGGAUUUGUUCUGUAUCUGUGGUCAGUUGCAGUCAAGCCAAAACUCUUUCACUGAUUAUGAAUGCAAUGUUUUUAAACCCCUGCCACACAAAGCACGAACCAAAAGUAACCAGCUGGUUCAAAAUUUAAAGUCAAGUUUCAAAAUUCGCACCACAUUUGGGAGAGGAUUUGAAAUUCAUAAGCUUGGCUCCUUUUUUCCAUGGCGGCGUGAUGUGAAUUGGUGGCAUCAAUGAUGAGUGACAUUUCAGCACCUCUGCACUGUCCAUGACGGCAGCUGCUGUUGGAGUUAACUUGACUUCAUUUUUCCUUGGCGAAUGAAGUGAUGUGACUGAGGCGAUGCUUCAUAGUGACAUUUCAGCAGGUGAUGGCUCCCCCCCAAAUGCGAUCAGAAUGGACCGCCACAAGAAUGGGCCCUAAUAUUUGCAAUGCAGUCAGAAUUUUUAGAAUGCCCUUUGAAUAUCCAGGAAUAAAGCACAAAGUUUCAUUUCAACUGCA